CAUAGCACCAAGCAGAAAAAACUAUGUACGCUGUGUUAUUUCAUUUUAAAUUUCAAAAGAAAUUUGUGGCUCGCAUUGUUUUCUUUAUUUUGUGAAACGGGUCAAAAUGGCUGUUUGAGGGGUAAAAGUUGCAGACCCCCGAUCUAUGUCAAGUGUGACUCACUAAAAUGUGUUUUUACCUGCAGGAGGUAUUUUCCUCAGGCAUGUGCUUGAAAAGUGCCGACUUCACAUCAUGUGUCUUUACUACCACGCCACAACUCUCGGGGAUUUUCAAAAGCCGGCCGCCCCUCCUUAUUCCCCCCUGGGACGACCUUAGCUGAGAUCUGCGACAACCUCCAGUGGGCUCGGAGCCUCCCCCGGCAGAAGUCUGUGCAGGAACGCCACACCCUGAGCCCGAGGACCAUGGCAAGGUGCGGGAGGGUUUAGAGCGAGAAGAACCAUGAGGAGGUUUCUGCGAGGACCGAGGGAGGAGGACUGCAGUCAGAUCCACUAUCUGACCGCCAAGUGCUCCCGCCUGGCUGGGGACAAAGCGCUGUGCGAGCGGGAGCUGCUGGUGUGCCGGGCGAGGGAGAAGAAGCUGCAGAAAGACUUCCAGAAUGUGGCCGCUCAACUUAUCCACCUGGAGAAGACCAACAUGGAGCUGAAGAGGACGCAGGACCACCUGCUGGGAAACAUCCGCCAGCAGCAGGAGCUGGUGGACAACUUGCGGCGGCGCCUCUUUCUCCUGGUGGAGGAGAGCGAGCGCGAUGAGGAAGUCGCACGUCAGGUGACCUCAGAGCUGCUCUGCCUCCAGAGCUCUGAGGUGCAGCUGCAGGGCCUGCUGGUGGAGCUGCACGACCAGGCCCAGCGCAGGCAAACGGCUGAGGAGGGCCCUGCGGUGGAGCUGCACGCCCAGGCCCAGCGCAGGCACACGGCGGAGGAGGGCCUGCUGGUGGAGCUGCACGCCCAGGCCCAGUGCAGGCACACAGCGGAGGAGGGCCCCGCGGCGGAGCUGCACGCCCAGGCCCUCAAUGCAGACGCACCGACACAGGGCCUCCUAGCGGAGCUGCACGCCCAGGCCCAGCGCAGACACACAGCGGAGGAGGGCCCCGCCGCGGAGCUGCACGCCCAGGCCCAGCGCAGGCACACGGCGGAGGAGGGCCUGCUGGUGGAGCUGCACGCCCAGGCCCAGUGCAGGCACACAGCGGAGGAGGGCCCCGCGGCGGAGCUGCACGCCCAGGCCCUCAGUGCAGACGCACCGACACAGGGCCUCCUAGCGGAGCUGCACGCCCAGGCCCAGCGCAGACACACAGCGGAGGAGGGCCCUGCCGCGGAGCUGCACGCCCAGGCCCUCAGUGCAGACGCACCGACACAGGGCCUCCUAGCGGAGCUGCAAAGGAAGAGUGCAGCGUUAGAAGAUCUUCAAGAAGCUAACAAGAUGCUGGAGGAAGAAGUGAAAGCCUGUGGAGUUGCACAUGAAGAGCAGGUGGCGGCCCUGCAGCGGCAGAACGAGGGCAGCGUGAAGAAGCUCCAGGACACGGUGGAGCAGUUGGAGUGGUUGUGUCAGCAACAACGAUACUGGAUGGACUACAUCAAGAGGUUCAAAGACUGCCUGCUGGAGGAGAGAGAGAGUCUGCUGGAUCGAGUCAACACUCUGGAGAGAGAAGCACAAACAUGGAAGAAGAAGUCACGUCAUGCAAGUCUACACACACCUCCAUGCUGCCCCCUGCUGGACGCUCACUCUCAGAGAACCACCCAGACCUCGUGGGACAGCGAUGAAGAGGCGGAGCUAGAGCACCAGGUGAUGAGGUCAGAGGUCGUGUACGAGGCACACCAGGUAGGACUCUUUUUGGGGGGGGGAGGGGGGAACCAAGACCGAGGAACACAUGUUGUGAUGGAAGGAGACAAGUUUAGUUGA